UUGCCACACACACACUCACACUCACACACCACUCCUGUGUGUGUGAUCGAUCACCAAGCUUCAUCAUUCUCACAGCCUGCCUCGCGUCGGUCGUUGCUUUCCCCUUCGCGCUCUCAUCAUCAGCUCACAAAAACAAAUAUCUCCUCUUCGGCGGCCGGCCACGACGAUCGAGCUGGGAACAUCAUUAUUACUAGCUAUAUAGGUCGUCGAUCGGCCGUGAUUAACCAGCAAAUUAGCAUCAUCCGGCCGGCCGGAUUUGUUUUCGUUUCUGAGCUGUUGUUAGUACAUUGUUCUUGUUCCAUUGCCGGCCGUUCCAUCCUGCUGCUGCGUCUUGAUCGAUCGCGUGCUUAUCUUUUCCAUGUCUUCGCCGAGUAGUAGCCUGCAGGGCAUUCCGCCGGGGUCCAAGAGAUUCAGGCACGCGAUCCUCAAGAACCUGAUCCUGGUGCUCCGCAAGGGCGCAUCGAGGGGCAUGGGCAUCCACGAGAGGAGGAGCGCCAUCAGGCGCGCCGCCGACGCCGCCCUCGCCACCGCCAGGGGCGCGGCGCCGCGCUGGAGCCGGUCGCUGGCGGCGGAGCUCUCGCAGGGCGGCGGCCGGGACGCGCACCUCCUUAUUCGUGCUGCCAAGAGUAGCGCGCCUUCGUCGUCCGAAUGCAAGUCGCCGGCGGGCAAGAUGGUGUGCAGUAAGAGGAUGCCGAGGAGGAGGCUCCGGGCGCGGCCGAAGAGCAGAGCCACGGCGAAGGCGGCCGGCGUUCUCGCGAGGGUGUUGGUGAGGAAGAGGGCCAGGGCGCUGAGGGAGAUCGUGCCGGGAGGGAGAGGGAUGAUGGACGAGUGCACGUUGCUGGGUGAAACCCUAGACUACGCCGUGUCUCUCAAAGAUCAGGUCGAGGCGAUGCAGCUGCUGCUGAGGACUCUUCAGGCCCCCCAAGAACCCUAGCACAACCUUUUUUUUCUACGCCGUGUACGUGUGGGGAAGGCAUCUAGCUAAUAGAGUGUUGGGUUCUGGUGGUCUUUUGCAGCGCUGAAGAAUCAGUGAGCGUGGGGAGGGACUCCGCACUGAAAUGUGAUCAAAAUCGUUCAUUCACGGGUAAAACUGAAACUGUAAGGCCAUGCAUAUAUAUAGAGUUUCCCCCCUUCCUUUAUUCUCCUGCUACAUACUCUCCCUUUUUGCUUCUUCUCUGUAGCAAUACUGAGAUCACGAGGCAUGAAGGUACCAGUGUUCAAUUCCUACUGUGUAUAUACGGUUACUCCAUAAAUCCAUGUACAGCUAUGUAUCUCCCUGUGUCUGUAUGUAUAUUAGGAAAAGGCAACUCGAUCUUGUAGAUUUUGCGCCGUACUCGGGCAGUAUGUAGUAGCUAGUAAGUAUAUAUAUCCUGAAGGGAUGCUGUAUAUAUUGCUGUAUAUAUAUAUGCAUCCUAGCCUAUAUAUAUUGUAAUUUGUUCUGUUACAAGAGAAAAUGUCCAAAAACGCCAAACGAUGCAUUUGCAUCCGCAUGGCGGCAAUGCUAAAAUACUGCACUACGUAGUACUUCAAAUUUUCUCAAAGUUCGAUUUUCUGCCGGCCGGUACAGUAAUCUUGAUUUUACGAAUUUACUUGUAUAUCCUGCUGUUGUUCCGUGUAUAAAACUAAAUAUCUACUUAUUUGUUUGUUUAAGUUGCGCGUACUGAUGGUAAUUGGAGGGGUCAAAACAAUAUAUAUCUACUUGAUCGAUGGGGACGGUUGAUAGAGAAGCAAGCGUGUCGGCGAGGCUCAAGACAUUCUGUGAAGCAUCGAUCGAUCGGAGGAAUGCACACCUGUAGUACACUAAAGCAGCAGCCUAAACCCGAAAAAGUGUGUGUGUGUGUGUGUGUGUGUAGCGACAGAGAAGACGAUAUAUACAUGACAGGGGGGAAUUAAACUGUCA